GGAGCGUGGGAGGGAGAACGGCAGAGAGCAGCAGCCGGGAGGCCAAAAUGCCCAGCAAACGAGAAGGUAUAGUGUGGAUGGCUUGAUGCGGAAAGAAACCAAAUUGAUCCGUGGGAGUGGAUCUGAUGGCCUCGGUGGAGUUACUCUACAUAGAUAAUAGAGGGGGAAGACCUGAUCCCCCCGGCAUACUGGAUUGGUCUUCUAGCCCUCUUCAUGUUCACAGGCUAAACAGUUUGGUGGAAGAAGCUUCUCCCACUCUGAAGGCGCCUGCCUGUGAGGGACAGUGUAAUUCAGCACCAAGAACGGUUCCCGUCAGAGGACACCAUGGCCAGCACCGGCAUCAGCCCACAGAGAAAGUCAGGGUGUGUUGUGACGAGGAGCUGGAGACCUCGUUCACUUACAUCGAUGAAAACGUCAAUCUCCGGUUGGCCACCCCUGACACGAGUGAGAAAAUCUACCGCCAUGCGGCUUCGCUCCAUGACUCCUCGAGCGAAAUCCGUCCAGAGGGCCUCCAGGAGUUGUCGCUGAUGUCCGACAUCGACCUCAGCUCAGAGAGUUCGGGGAAAUCCGUGGAU